AUGUACUCUACUCCACUGCAAGACAAUGUGGGGAACACCUAUGUGUGUCAGGCGUGCCCUGCUGGAACUCAGCAACUAUCAGCUGGAGCAGUGGAAUGCGAUGCGUGUCCCAGUGGCACUUUCAAAGCUGAUCAGUCAGUUGAUGAGUGUGCUCCAUGCCUUUCAGGCUACUACCAAGAUGAGCUCGGGACGCUGGCCUGCAAGAAAUGCCCGGAGGGCACGACGACUCUGCUUUUGGGCACCAAGUCAGGACUUGCUUGCGGCUGCGACGAGGGCAGCAUCGACGUUUCAGGCGAUUUGUCCACGCCUGCCCUGUGUCAGCCAUGUAUGGAGGGGCUUACAUGCCCAACUAUGUCAAGCCUGGAGAACUUGAAAGCAGGUUCUAGCCCAUUGGGCCCGACAACUGUUCCGCAGGUUGAAGCGGGCUAUUUCACCACAGCUGCCGAUCCAUUGGUCACCUUCAAGUGUGUCAAUACCUUGGAUUGUCCUGGAGGCACGCCCGGCACUUGCGGCGGAGCCCUAGAGGGAGUCCCUUGCGGAGAUUGCCCUCAAGGUACAUUCUAUGCCGGCGAGGCUUCCUGUGAUGAGUGCUCAGCGGGCGCCGUGAUUGCUUGGAUCGUUUCUUUGGGCGUGGUCCUCCUUGGCCUGAUUGGGGCCUACCAUUUCCUGAACUCCCCAGUCACCGCAAAGGCAUCCACGCUUUUCAGCACGACAUGUGCGAUUGGAAUGAUGAUCAACCUGUUGCAGAACUUGGGAAUCAUUGGAACCAUGUCAGUGCCUUGGCCUGUGGAUUUGGCCGGCUUCUUCAGCUUCAUGGAAGUCUUCACCUUCGACAUUGAUAGCCUGGCUUUCGCUUGCAUCGGUGGCGCGCAGCCGGUGUGGCGCUACAUCUUCACGGUGUGCUUCUUCCCUGUGGGCAUCCUGUGGUUGGCCCUCUGUGGUGCAGUGAGUCGAUGCAUUCCCAGGCUGCAAAGCUGGGAUCCGGUGAAAGUACGGAGCACCAUUGGUCAAUUUCUGCAAGUGGGGUUUUCAACCAUGAGCAGCACCGCUUUGGUGCCUUUGGUUUGCUAUUCGCAUCCCAGCGGACAACGAAGCAACUUCAAGAACCCCAACAUCAUUUGUGGCUCCGAGCCGCACACGGUGAUGGUGAUCUUUGGCAGCCUGCUGCUGGCGUUUGGCGUUUGCGGGUUUUUGGCUCUUUGCGCAUGGUUGGCGUACAUGUGCCCAACUUUCAGCAGUACAGGGCGUUAUGGCAUGAUCCAGAGCUCACGAUUUCUCCUUGGCCGUUUCCGUCUCGAUGUUUGGUGGUAUGGCGUGCCCCUUCUCUUGCGUGGUCCGCUGUUGGCCAUGAGUGCAGUGAUCUUCCCAGAUUCGGCGGCAAUUCAAAUCUUCUGCUGCCAAAUUAUUCUGAUCUUCUACAUUUGUGUUCAGGUGUACAGUUGGCCAUGGAAAGCUCCUAUGUUGAACAUCGUGGACUUUGUUACCUGUUUGGCCUUGGCAAUCUUGGUGGUGUUGACCGGCCUCUAUGUGCCUGAAGUCACUGGCGACACACUCCGUGCAGUGCAGACCUGCAGCAUGAUCUUGUUGGGCAUCAUCUUUGGAGUGGUUGGCCUGAUGAUUCUCUUGGCAAUUGCGGCCUUGUUCCACCGUGCUGCGAUCGGUAGCCAGCAGGAGCUGUGGAUCAUGACUGCCGGCCGAACCCCGAAGCCUUCAUCGAUCGCCGACGACUUGCAUACGAUGAUCACGGUUCUCCAGGGCAUGACUGGGGAGGAGCUGAAGGACAAGUUGGGAGCGCUUGGAAUCUACGAUUUGAAGCACUUGCUCUUGGGUAUGUCGGUCCUUAGCAGUGAGGUGAUCAGCGCAAAGGACCCCAGCUGCAGGCCGAAAUCGCUGUCCUCCGGCCGGGUGAGUUCCAAGGCCUUCACCGCUAAGGUGGUCAAGGCGCCGUCCACGUCUGCCGCGGCGUCGCCUCCCAUGCCGGAGGCGGAGGAGCCUGCGCAAGAUGAGGUGACCAAAUCUGAGCUGGUGUAG